AUGUCAUCUUCCUCCGAGAGUGGAGUGUCAGACACACUGGAUCCUGUAGCCAUAGUAUCAGAUGACGAGAUUCUUCCAGAGGACGAGGUUUUCACUUCAGAUACGACGAGUAGUGACGACGAUGACUUCCAGCCCUUCGCCUUACCGGACUUCGAAGAUGAUUUACCUUUAGCUGAUGGCUUUCUUGUCGGGGAUCUACCUCUUGCUCAGAUCCGUGCACCUAUCCCUCUUGCUGCUCUUCCUGUUGAGGAUCUACCUCUCGACGAUAUGUCGGACGACGACAUCGAUCUGUUCAUCGAGGGUCCCCCUGAGGACGAUCAGGAUGGCGGGGCUCCGAUUGAUGAUGAUGUUGCUAUUCCUUUCGAGGCUCCAGUUGUUGAUGCCAGUGUUUUUCCUGUCGAGGCUCCUGUUGUGGAGGCUUUAUCAGACCAGUCUGGUCCCGAUUCGUUUGAGUCCUUGUCAUCUUCUACACUUCAUGCACUGGGAUUACAGCGGUAUCCCACAGACACUGAUUCUGACACCGCCAUGUCUGCAGCGCCUGAUUCGCCGCAGGAUUUCGAGUUCGGAGAUGAGUUCGACCCUGACCUUUCGGACGAUUUCGAUCCAGACCAUGAGAUUGAGUUUAUCCCAGAGGAGCAGCCUGAUGAGGCACCUCUUCCUCACGACCCUUUACCCGUGCACAGCCCUAUCCUUGUUGAUGUGCCAGUUGUUGCACCACCAGUUGUUGGUGUUCCAGUUGUUGCACCACCAGUUGUUGAUGUCCCAGUUGUUGCACCUCUGCCUAACCCUAUACCUGUCUUUAUUGACCGUGCACCUUUUGCUACACACGUUGACCCUAUAUAUGCUCACACCCGCAAUGGGUGGAUUGAGGAUGACGACGACUAUUCUCCUUUUGUUCGACCAGUCACUCCCCGUCUUGUCCCUGUUCAGUUACCCGUUGAUGUCCCACAGUUUCACCCUCAUGUGUCAGACGUUCACCGCAUGGAUUUACCUGUCACAUUUCUUCAGGACAUUCCUCCUCCCCGUCCAGGGGAAGGACCUUCUAGUCAGCAGCACGAUCACAUACCACCUGUGUCAACAGCCUAUCCAUUUAUGCCCCCAUUUGCACCUGCUACACACACUGCUUUUCCCCUGCACCCAUGGCUCCAACAGGAUAUGUUGAGUCGUAGAGUCACAGAGCUCGAGAGGAUCCCACAUCCUCUACCUUUUGCUGAUCUAUCACAGCCUGCUUUCCCACAUGCUUCACUGUUUCCUUACCCGGAUUUUGGUAUCCGUUUUCUCACCAUGGAGCAGAAGAUCGCCUGUUUGUUGCGUAUUGUGCAUGCACUCGAGGAGGAUUUGAUUGUAGACGAUUCAGACAAGGGUGAGAAGAUGCCACCACGAAGGGAAAACCGUUUGCCCACUACUGAGGCCGAAUUACAAGCAAGGAUCUCCCAAGCAAUAGCAGAUUACGAGGCCUCACGCGCCGAAACUAGCGGGAAUACCUCGAGGAACAACCCACCAAAUGGCUGUACUUUUAAGCAAUUUUUAGACUGUAAACCGCUAAACUUUGACGGCACCGGGGGUGCUGUGGCUUAUGUUCGAUGGACGGAGAAGACGGAUUCCGUCCAAACUCUGGGAGAGGCCGCAACAUACGCUUUGACUUGGACCGAGCUGAAUGAGCUCAUGCGUAAAAAGUAUUGCUCCAGGGCCGAGAUUCAGAAGCUGGAAACGGAAUUUUGGAACCUAAAGAUGGACAGCCCGAAGAUCGCCGAGUAUGUAUAG